AUGCCCGGAAGCAGACGACAUCGUGAAUAUACUUAAGCGCCAAGGAACGUGUUAUCGAUUAAAGCAUAUAGACGACCCUUGAGAUCAUCGAUUUCCCCAACACCCACCAUGAUAGAAGACAUAGACGAAGCAACAUCUGCGCUCAUCGCUCAGCUCACUCUCCAAGAUAUUACAGAGAUAUCGGGUGCUCGCAAGGGAAAGGGGCGAAGCGAUGUAGCAAAGAGCGAUGAAGAGUAUGCCCUCGAUCUUCAGGCAGACUAUUGGCGCAUGGAGCUGGAUCUCCAGCUAGCCCAGAGCCUGAGCCGAGCCUUAGAGACAGAUGCCAACUGGCUGGCGGUGGAACAGGCGGCCGAGGACGAUCACAGAUACGCGCUCGCACUAUCGAACGGUGCUGAGCUCCCCGCUCAGUCUGCGAAUCAAAGCCUCUUGGAGAAUCCCGCCUUCGUGAGAACACUCUUCACGCCAUCAUCCCCCAACAUGGCAACCAAUGCUAAUGUUACCAACGAGAGAGAUCUAAUUACGACGGGCACCUCGACGCCUCUCUCGACCAGACCGCCUUCACCAUCUACCUCGUCCCAAUGCGUUAUAUGCGGAGAUCGUCUCAGGGCACAGCGUAGCUUCCGUGCUCCGUGUGAAGAUCAGUACUGCCAUGGCUGCCUCCGAGAUCUCGUCCAGGCUAGUAUCAACGACGAAUCACUGUACCCUGUCCGAUGCUGCGGCCGACCUCUUGUCGAGAGAGAUUUCUUACCACUCCUUCCUUUUUCCUUACGAACACGUUUUCAAAUCAAGUCCAGAGAGCUAGGAACGCCAGCCAUGAGCCGCGUUUACUGUCAGAACCCUAUCUGCUCGGCUUUCCUUGGUUCGUCAGAGGGAAGAGACGGCGAACAUGCUGUCUGCCCUUUAUGCAAACAGAAUGCACAUCGAGGGAAGAACUGUGUCGAAAACGCUGCGAUUCAAGACUUGCAUGCGCUAGCCCGAGACCAGCGAUGGCAGACCUGUCCAGGAUGUCAUUCAAUUAUUGAGCUCAAUCAUGGUUGCUAUCAUAUGACGUGCAGGUGCCUCACGCAGUUCUGCUAUGUUUGUGCGGUACCGUGGAAGAAUUGCCACUGCCCGCAGUGGGAUGAAGAUCGAUUGUAUAUCACUGCUCAGCGAAGGGUGGAAGAGGAGAUGGGUCCUCGCGCCACAGCAGCCGCACCAGAUAUUUUCCAGAGAGAGGUGGCAGCGAGAGCAGAGCAGCUGAGAUCCAACCACGACUGCGUCCGACACAGCUGGAGAAGAAGAAAUGGGGGAGCGAGAUGCGAAGAAUGCAGUUGGUAUUUGCGGGAGUAUCUUCUUGUCUGUACCCACUGUGGAUUAGCGGCAUGUGUUCGCUGCUGUCGGAAUCGGCUGCUGUGAUGGUCUUGAUAGCCGAAGAACAUUGAAGUUUGAACUCGUUUGUGUCUGGUAGAAUAUUCCGUGGCGCUUGGCCUAAAUGAACAGUAAUUUUGAAUGACUGGUUGUGUACUGUGACUCAAUCUGGAAAAAAUAAAUUAGAGAAACGGAG